UUGCGCGGCCCGCUCCGGCACGAGCUCCCCGAACCGCCCGGGCCGAGAGAGGACACUUCAGGCUUCGCGCUCGCCCGAGCGUCCUGUCAGAGAGACGCGCGCGACAAACUUUUUUUCCCGGAAAACCGACUCGGAGUGGCGCGCGCCGCUACGCAUUUUGCCGGAUUCGGCCCAAAUCGACCCGAAACCGUGCGAGCGAGCCUCGCGACACCGCGUGCACCGGAAAGCCGGAUCAUCACUGAGCACGACGAGGCGACUUCGGCUCGUGCAAAACGCCGUUUAGGCUUUUAAUCGGCUGACGGAUUUGCCCAACUAACACAGUCCUCGCCGCGAGUCCGCGUGACGUUGUGGCUCUUAUUUAGCGUUAAACCUGCUAUAAAUUAAACAGGCGUGAAUGAAAGUGGUGCCGAAAUCACGCCGGGGGUACGCGCGUGCAAAGAGCGUGCCCUAAAAACGGACGCACGCGCCUGCUUUUUGUGCAAAACGCCUAAUUUCGGGUAUUAAAAAUCGAUGCUUUAGUAUGCUGAGGCUCUCUGAGCUUGCUGCAGGAAAGUUGCCAACAGCUCAAACAGGCGUUCGGACCGAACACCGAGCCCCGGUACCGACUGCAGGUCUCAGCAACAUCAACCCACCGCGCGUUAAUGUUAUUAAUCACAACGCAAAGUGAUUCACAAGGUCAUUAUGCGCUCGCGCUUCUGCUCUCGCGCAUUCUUUUGUUCUUCAUCCUGCCCACAAACCCAGCAGCUGGCUGCAAAAGCCCAUCAUGCACAGCUACUUCAGCGCGUGCACUUCCACCCAAAUAAAAAUCACCACUUUUAUCCCUGUUAGAGACUUUAUUUAUUUUUUUAACAUCUCUUUAAACGGGUUGUUUAUUCUCUCUGGACUCUCUCGCUUCAUGUUUUUUAAGCUGCUUGAACGCCAUCUUGGCUCUGUGCGUAGCUGUAAUUACUACUAUACACUUCACUCACGCGCUCUCUUUUCACGCUUCUUCCAUUAAUCACCACUGCAUUAUGGAAGACCACUACUAAUGUUAGCAUUAAAUGCUGGACCCCGAGCAGACUGGUUUCAUUGCGGUGGAGAACUUCACCAGUCUGGCGGAGCAGCAUGAGCUGCAGCUGGACCCCAACAAGCUGGACAUGCUGCUGGCCCUCGUUCAGAGCGACCAGCACGGCCAUGUCUGCUACCAGGAGCUCAUCGAGCUGCUAAACAGUAAGCGCUCCAGUAGUUUCCGGCGCGCCAUCGCUAAUGGACGGCGCACUCUGCAGCGCGAGAUCCUAUUGGACGAGACGGGCCUGGGCGUGUACAAGCGCUUUGUGCGCUAUGUGGCAUACGAGAUCCUCCCAUGUGAGACGGACAGACGUUGGUACUUUCAUCAGAACAGGCUCUGUCCUCCGCCUGUCUUCAUGGCCAUCGUCACCAUAGUGCAGAUUGUGGUGUUUAUGUGUUAUGGGGUGAGGCUCAACAAGUGGGUCCUGCAGACAUAUCAGCCAGACUUCAUGAAGAGCCCACUGGUGUAUCAUCCAGGACACCGAGCCCAAGUCUGGAGAUUCUUCAGCUACAUGUUCAUGCAUGUUGGGUUGGAGCAGCUGGGCUUUAAUGCGCUACUCCAGUUGAUGAUCGGCGUUCCUCUGGAGAUGGUGCAUGGAAUUCUGAGAAUCAGCCUUCUUUAUAUGGCAGGAGUGGUGGCAGGUUCUCUCACCGUCUCCAUCACUGAUAUGCGUGCUCCGGUGGUCGGUGGCUCUGGAGGAGUCUACGCACUCUGCUCUGCCCAUCUUGCCAACGUCGUCAUGAACUGGGCCGGGAUGAAGUGUCCGUACAAGUUACUGCGGAUGAUCCUCGCGCUGGUUUGCAUGAGUUCAGAGGUGGGCCGAGCCGUGUGGCUGCGCUUCUCGCCGCCGUUGCCCUCGUCAGGGCCGCAGCCGAGCUUCAUGGCCCACCUGUCAGGUGCCGUGGUGGGUAUCAGCAUGGGCCUGCUUAUCCUGCGCAGCUAUGAGGAGUCGCUGCACAAGCAGUGCUCAUGGUGGGUCCUCGUCUUCUCCUUCGUCACCUUCCUACUCUUCGCCAUCUUCUGGAACAUCUUCGCCUACGAGCUGUUAGGAGUCCAGAUUCCGCCUCCGCCCUGAUGACACGCCCCCAACUGUUUCUUCACUCCCGGCUGCGGAUGGCCACACAACCUUCAGAAACUGGAUUUCUUGAUGGCCUCACUCCCCUUUUUGUUACAGCUCCGCCCCUUUUUGACCAAUAGUGGACGAAUGGUCCAAACAGGAAGAUUGGAAAUUCUUACAGUGAUUUUCUUUCAGGACUUUUCCUAACGUGUUACUACUUAGACUCUUUAUUUACACGCUCCCACUUGACCACUUCUAAAGCCAGGAGGGGAAAAUAUGAAAGAACUUAAUCACUUUGGUUUAUUUUUGCUCAAUUUUCAUCACCGGACAUCUAAAUCUGUCCUCCUCUGCUUUCAUUUCAAACGUUAUAUUCAGCAGUUUUUGAUUUUAUGAUUUCAAAAUGGUGCGCUAUUAUUUUUAUUGCUGUUACACUGUCUGUUGUUCAGUGUCUUUGGGAAGCUGAAUGGAAAUACAAUUUCAAAAAGUUUCUGAUCCUACACACAUAUACACACACACGCACACGCGCACACACACACACAUAUACAUACUCCAUCUAAAGCCCAGCCUUUCUUGUGCAGCUCUUGCCCUUUAACAUCCUUCACCCUUCAUGACAUCAGAGGGUAAAGUCCUUGAUGUCAGGAUUUGUGAGUCGCCUGGUAACUGUUGCCUUGGUUACUGUCAGCCAACUGCUAUGGUAGCCAUUAUCAAGGUGUCUUCUCAUUGUGGAAUCAAUGGUUAAGGCAACUGAUGGCAAGUAUUUUGUAAAACUCAGAGGAAUUGUAAAGAGCCUACGACUGAAGUAGUAAGUAAAAAAUAUGACCCCUAAAUUUAUCAUUUUUCAUUCAAGCCAGCUGCAAUCGUGAGAACAUUUUGCCAAAACAAUGUCCUGCCUUCGAAAACACUGGGGUGAAGUCCCAGAUGCCAGUAACCACCGUUGAGAAAACAUAAAAUUAGACAUUGUUUAGUUCACAAAAAUACCUCAAUGCAAAGAAGGGUCCCUAAAAAUGAAAAUAAUGUACAGCUGUUGCAGCUAGCUAACAGUCUGCUAGCUCAUGGAUGACUAGCGAGAAAGAAGUCUAGCUAAAUCAACACCCUCAGCUAAAGCCUGAACAGAGUGUCUAUAAACACUUAGCUAACAUUACAAUUUAUUUUCUUACACAAAAUUCAAAAUCAUUCAAAUUUUACAUUUGCCAACCUCACUCACUGCUUGCAGCCUACAUACACUCACAGAGCAUUAUGGGUAGUACACAAUUGUUUGUGUCACCAUCGAGAAAAACUUUGUAACAACCACAAAGCUUGGUAAAAUGUAUUCUGUGUUCUUGCGUUUGAGAUGUUUUUUUGUUUGUUUGUUUGUUUGUUUGUUUUUUAUGGCUGAUAUAGUAAGAAUGCUAGCGUUUGGGACAGACCCUACAUGGGCAUUUUUCACUCUUAAGGUUGCAAGAUAUCAGGAAAUCUCGUCCAUGUGAGGAUUUCUGAAGGCCUUACACUACAAAGUACUCAAUUCUGCAGUGCCAAGUUACCAUUCGCUAAGCUGCUAAUGUCAAAUUGUAUAUUCAACAAUAUUGAAUAUCUUUAUUUUUGUUUACGUUCCUAACUUCGCCGUGGGGGCGGUUGUGGGGUUGUUAUAUGAGACGGGAGCUGGGUGGGGAAGGUUGGGUGGUAGGGGGGGAUGUAGACCUUUUUGAAAAGCACGACAACGUUGCAGGUGUGUGCUGUUGUGAACUUUCGUGCCAUAAGUUGUAUAUUUCUAUUUGUACCUCUAUUUAUUCCAGUCAUCGUUCUGUGCUUGCGGCUUCUGUGCGUCGAGCUGUGUGAUGAUGAUGCGAGAUGUGCUUUAAAACAACGCAGCACCUCAAACACACAUUAUAGUCAAGUCCUUGUGGACUACAAAAAGGAUCAAUUGCAACGAAUAUUGGUGGAUCCUUUUCACUAUUCUCUGAGGCAUAGUCCCUAGCCAAGAUGAAAUGCUGGAGGGUGAUUUGGGACAACACCACAGUAAGCACAAACCUGCAGUCCUUAUUCUCAUAAUGCAUACAUGAUUAAUUAAUCUAUGAUGUCAGGGAGGACCACUUUUGAUUUAAGGGAGGACCAUCAUUGAUGUUGGAUAGGGCCAUCGAUGAUCUCAACUAGGACCACCACUGAUGUCUGUGAAGACCACCGCUGACAUCAGCUAGGACUGCCGUUAAUGUCAGCUAGGACCACUGCUGAUGUCAGGGAGGAUGCCUGUUGACGGAAGACCAUUCUUGGGGAAGACCACGGGUGUCAGGGAAGACUACCGUUGGUGUCAGAGAAGACAGACAUUGAUGUCGGGGAGGACCACUGCUGAGGUCAGGGAGGACCACUGUUGAUGACAGAUAGGCCCACUACUGACGUCAGAUAGGACAACCUCUGAUGUCAGGGAAGACCACCGUUGAUGUCAGAAAGGACCACCAUGGAAUUAUAGCAGACCAUGAUAAUAAAAAAUGCUAUUUCCUGAAGCAGCGCACUUGAUAUUUAAGCUUGUGUUAACUUACAGUGUGAUAUUUAGUCAAACAUUUAUCCUACCAUGAUUUUUUUUAUACCCGUAAGCAAGAUUAGCAUUUAGCUAUCAGGUGAGAAUUCCUCCUUAGUCAUAGACCAGCUAAGUCUGACCCCAAGUUGGUCUCAAUUUCAACAUGCCGGGCUCAAUAUUCGUUGCAAUUGAUCUCCUAUUUAUCAAAGCCCUGGAGACACCAAACCCGAGGCUUCUAUCCGAUCCGUUGAUCUACUCAUUGCCGGAGUUAGAGUGUGUAGUUGGAACACUGUGUGGCUGUGAAUUUAUUGUAGGGCGCUGUGUGGAGAGUUAGGAAGGGAAAGGAUCAUGAAUCUUCAUCCGAGAGCACGAAAGGCCUAUAAGGAAGAUGAAACUGAAAGAUUGUGAAAUGAGGGACAAGGGAGAAGCGAGAAGUAGGAAGAUGAUUAACAGCAAGAAGGUGAGGAAAAAGAUGAAAAAAGAAGGUGGAAUAUACUAUAAAAACAUUAUAUUUUUAAAAAGUUGUUAAUUGAUCCUGAGAGAAACCAGAGUAGCACAUCAGACUGUUCUAGCAGACUGUUCCUAAUUUUUAAGGAAAGAUGUGUAAGUGUCUGUUUUGGCAUGUGUUAGAGGCUGUCAAUCUGAGUGUGUUCCAGUACUGGUUUAACACCCACUUGUCAACUUCCCUUUGCAAUUUUGCCUUGGUUGAGAGGUGUUAGACGUCUGAAAUGGGAAGUUUUAGGAAAGACGAUACAAGAGGCUAAAUAAAGACAAGAUCCGGGCUGCGUUUCAGUGUAAUUUUUAGCAUGCCCUUGUUGACUUCCCCAGGUAAUUUUUUUUCCUUAGGAAAACCCCUGUGUACAUCUUAAUGGGCAUUAUGCAGUAGUAUUUCAGCUAAGUCAGCACAACUUGAGUUUGUUAGGUGAGCUGUUUCAGGCAACCUGGCUGUAGAUAUCAGGAGUAGAACAUUGAAAUCUGAUUUCCUUUUCCAAAAAAAUGUCAGACAGUGCUGUUUCCAGAUGUAAAUAGGUGCAAUAAAUUAUAUAAGAUUUCAAAAACAUGGUCAGCACUAUUAGAAGUAAAGGUGAAAUCUAGAACCCUAAAGGAUUUCUCAGUUUAUCCCACUGGGAAAACCCUCAAAAUUUCUAUGUAGAACAGAGAGGUCCCUAUCCCUUGUCCCUAUCAGAGAGAACCCUUAUAAUAUACAAGGAGGAACCCUGGAGGAACUCCAAGAGUUUACUCCCUCUAUAUAUUAGUUUGAAAGAAGUUCUUACUAGAAUUCAUGCUAGCAAGUAAAAUUGAAAAAAACUAAAAUACACGUUGUUUGGUUCACAAAAAUACACACAAAGAAGAGUCAGUAAAAAUCAAAAUACCCUAACUAGCAACUAGCUAAUAAUCUGAUAGCUCACAGGCUAACUAGUGAGAUAGAAAGCCUGACAGAACACUGUCUUUAAACAAAUAUGACCUGUAACUUUGUUACCAUAGCUAGCUUUACACUGUAUUUUAUUAUACAAUCAUUCAAAUUUUACAUUUACAUUUAUAUUUUGUGUAAAGAUCUAGUAGGAGGCCAGCUAGCACUAGCACAUAGGCUUGUUAGCAAACUGAUAUAACUGUUUUAAAGUAAACAGCAUCAACCACAUUGCUGCCAAAGCGCUGUCGAGUGUGUGCUGUAGGUUGUACUUCCGUAUGUAAAUACCAGUUAAUAGAAAGAUAUCUUAGCCAAAUUGUCCCCUCAAUAUAUCUCACCAUAAAUAUCUUCACCAAUAUUUAUAUUUAGAAAGAUGAACAAAACUUCACCAUGUACAUUCUUAAGAAAAUAAGCGCUCCUCAAGGGUUCUACAUGGAACUAGCACAUGGGAUAAUUAGCAGGUUGAAAUGACUCAUUGUUUUGAAGUAAACAGCUUCAACUACAUUGCUCGAGUAAUGAGUGGAAGUCAACAAGGGUGUAUAUUGGCACUUAAGUCUUUUUCACUAGAGGAGGUGUCUCAAUUUACUGUCGUCUCCUGUGGAAUUCUGGGAUGUAACUGUUAGGCCUCUGUUUUAUCUGGAAGCUCCGUCUACAUUAAACCACAGCCAAUAACUGCCGUUGUUUCUCAGAGCCAGACCUCCAAACUGAACCGAUGCUGUUGGCGCUGCUGUAGUUGUUGAUUACAAAGAUGCAUGUUGCUAUGAGCUCAUCACUCUGCUCCUCUCUGUGCUGCCAUCUUACCUGUAGUCCAUAUGCCAAUUUGUAGUCCAAACACAAACUUCCAAAUGGUGCCAAGAAACGACGACUCGUUUCAAUGAAAAAAAAAAAAUCCAGUUUACAGACUGAAGCUUUGGAAAAAAAAUGUAUUGCUAAGCGUCUAUUUUAUUCCAGUGGGAUCAAAGAUGAAAAGAGAUGUAUAUAUAUGUAGUUUAUAUGAAAUUCAUUGAGUUUCAUGAUGUACUUUUUAAAUGUCUGAAGCUGAGACAUUUUCUAUUGCUGUUUUUUCUGUUUUUUUUUUCUUCCUUUGUACUGUUUUUCAUUGUAUCUGCUUUCAUUUUCCAGCUGUGAGGAAUAAAGAACCAAGCUGUGACUCUGAA